CUAAGAGUCAAGACACGUGACGGCCGUGUCUCGCUAGUCCAGCACCGCUCUGACACUUCCCAUGUCGGCAACAAAUCUCCUCCAACCGCCGUCAUCCUCCGCUUUCUUCGCCGGAGCUAAAACAUCAAAGGCAACACACCAAUCAUCCUCGCGUAAAUUGAACUUCUCCCCAAUCCAUCCCACUCCACUACAUUCGCUUUCAUCCUUGAAUCCCUUGCCCAUCUCAGCAUCCGCCUCCGAUGGGAUUUCCCGCUUCGCAUCGAAUGUCGCUAUGGCCAAUCGCAGUAGAUGUGGCUCAAGGUCACUUCCGUCUCCCCUCCGAGCCGCUGGAGAACCCUUAUCUGCUGCCGGCGAAGACGGUGGCGAUCUGACGGCUGCCGGCGGAGUCCAUGACUUUCUCGUGCGAGCAGGGGAGGCGCUUUCGAUAGCGUUUCCUCUGUGGGUGAGUUUGGCGUGCUUGGUCGCGCUUUGGAAACCGCCUUCAUUUCUCUGGGUUGACCGAACUUGGCAGAUAGUUGGAUUAACGCUAACAAUGCUAGGAAUGGGGAUGACGCUAACGCUGGAUGAUCUCAGAGCUGCGCUCUUGAUGCCCAGAGAGUUGGCUGCUGGUUUCGUGCUGCAAUACACGUUUUUGAUGCAGGUAAUGCCAUUAUCAGGGUACUUUGUGAGCAAGUUCUUAAAGUUGCCAUCAUAUUAUGCUGCUGGUUUGAUACUUGUGGGCUGCUGCCCCGGAGGAACUGCAAGUAAUAUUGUCACAUUUCUUGCUCGAGGAAAUGUGGCUUUGUCGGUCCUAAUGACCGCAGCAAGCACCUUUGCUGCUGCUAUCAUGACACCUUUCCUAACAUCCAAACUAGCUGGCCAAUUUGUUGCAGUAGAUUCAGCUGGCCUCUUCGUUUCAACAGUGCAGGUUGUACUUUUUCCUGUGCUACUUGGCGCAAUUCUUAAUCAAUACUGCAACAAUCUAGUCAAAUUUGUUUCUCCAGUGAUGCCAUUCAUUGCUGUUGCAACAGUGGCCAUCCUUUGUGGCAGUGCAAUUGCUCAGAGUGCCUCAGCUAUCCUUUCAUCUGGGUUGCAAGUUGUUAUUGCUUCCAUCGCUCUUCACGGCUCAGGUUUUUUCUUCGGCUAUGUGUUAUCGAAGCUGCUGGGCAUUGGCGAUAUAUCGGCACGAACGAUUUCAAUUGAAGUUGGCAUGCAAAAUUCAGUCCUUGGUGUUGUUCUUGCAAGCCAGCAUUUUGGUAACCCUCUCACUGCAGUUCCAUGUGCAGUUUCUAGCAUCUGCCAUUCAAUCUAUGGCAGUGUAUUAGCCGGAAUUUGGAGAUCCAUGCCAGUAGAAACCAAAGUGGAGGAUUGAUGAAUGAACUCUUGAGAGAUGAAUACUAUCAUUGGGUAAGCAGAAUUAAGGCCUCUUUGAUUUUGACUACUAUGAAAUAAUUAGGUUUUGUUACACUAGACUUUGAAUUUAAUUGCUUGCUGGAUGAUAAGUGUCACAUAGCUCUUUAUUGCAUCGUGUUUUCAUGAAAACUUCUGAAUAUUUUUUGUGGAAGGAAAAGAAAAAUAGAACCUUUUUUCUGAAGAUGAUAGUAAGCUGUUUGAUUAAGAAAAUGAUGGGAAAUUGCUAAAA